CUACUGAAUUGAAAAGAUAGUAAUAAAGAACCAAGACAGGAUAUUUCUCCAGCUGAGGAUCAAACCUUUCUCUCGGAUUUGAUCCCUCAUGGCUUCCAAUGGCGCUUUUACGGAACAGGGAGUUAGGGAUACGACGGAGAACAGUUUGGAAAAGAUCAAACGGCAGCUGGCCUCUGGCUCCGGGAGGAACUUGCUACAAGGUCCUCUUCUCAAGCGAUCUGAGACCUUGAGGAAAUGGAAUGAACGUUGGGUGAUAUUAGACCCCACAACGGGGAAAAUGGAAUACAAGACUAGGAGGAAUGAGCCAAGUAUUAAGGGAAUCAUGACCUUCAAUGAAAACAGCACUAUUGCCAUAUCCCCUGUUAACUUUCACGGACUCCCAAAGUAUGAAGGCUGCUGUUUCUAUAUCGGGACUCCCCAGAAAAAUGACUACUUUCUUUGUGCGGAGACUCCUGGUGCUGCUAGAGCUUGGGUAUCAACUUUACAUGCGACACAAUUGGUUCUAAAGGCCCACAAAGAGGCUGUCAAUUCCUUAAGUGGGAAUGGUUCUGCAAAAUUAGGUACGGUUGCAACAGUAGUUGCUGCUGCCAAUUCAACAGCCAAGGAAUGUUCUAAAGAAAUUGAAGCGGCAAUGCAGAUAUCUUUGAGAAAUGCCUUAGGAUUGGUGACAAAUGCAUCCACUGAUGGUCCAAUGGAUGAUCUUACAAUUAUGAAGGAGACACUAAGAGUCAAGGACGAGGAAUUGCAGAAUUUGGCUCGAGAUCUCCGGGCUCGUGAUUCAAUGAUAAGAGAAAUAGCAGAGAAACUUUCAGAAACUGCUGAAGCUGCUGAAUCUGCAGCAUCUGCAGCUCAUAUAAUGGAUGAACAAAGGAGAAUUGCUUGUGCAGAAAUUGAGCGCUUAACAAAAGAUUCGGAAAAACAAAAGGAAGCAUUCAUGUUAAAGCUGAGGGAGUCUGAAGAAAAGAUCGGGGUCCUAGGUAAAGAAAGAGAACAAUUGAUUAAGCAUAGAGACUCUGCCAUGCAGGAGGCACACAUGUGGUGUACUGAGCUUGCAAAAGCUCGAGAGAGUGCUGUAGUAUUAGAAGCAGCAGUCUUGAGAGCAGAGGAGAAGGUCAGAAUCACUGAAACGGAUGCUGAAGCAAAAAUAAAAGAAACAGCACAGAAAGAGGCUGCUGCUGUGAAGGAAAAGCAAGAACUUCUCGCGUAUGUGAACGUAUUACGGGCGCAUCUCCAAAGACAACAGAGUGACACAAAGCAAAUUUUUGAGGAGAAGACCGAGUCCUCAAACACCAGUAACAGUCCACCCGACACAAAGGAUGUUGACUUGUCGGAUAACGUAGAUAAAGCUUGUCUAAGUGUUUCUAGAUCAGUGCCGGUGCCAGGAGAGAGCAUGGUCCACAUGGCAGUGGAUCAACAUAACAUCCAAGCGGUUGGUGGUGGUGAAUGGAGUGAUAUUCAGGCAACCGAGGCAAGAAUAGCUGAUGUGAGGGAGAUAGCCCCGGAGACGGAGGGAAGCAGCCAUGAUAUUUCUGUUGAUAACCAAGCAAUUGAUAAGCACCACGAGCAAGGAACAAGCUCCUUCCGCCAGCCUUGAGAAAUUGUUAAGCAUAUAAAGACACUCCGGUCGAGGUAGGAGAAAUGCAAAGAUUCUUUCUUAUAUUAAGAAUUCCAUUCUCCCUUGCAGUUUCAUGAUUUUAAGCUGUUGACAACCUGUUUGAUGUGGAUACUAACUAUACUUGAAUACAAGCGAGAGCUUCUGAAAUAAAAUUUA